AUGAGCAGCAAAACAGAAGACCUUAGUGCCACUGAGCUACUUCCAGAGGCCGACGAACGCUCAAAGGACCCUGAAUACGCAUAUCUUCUUGACAACGACUACUCAGCCUGGGCGGACAGGGACCACGGUUUCCCCGCUGUCGACGUCCGCACAGAUCGCUCAAAAUGGGUUCUCGACUGGGACAAGGGCGUCGAGAAAGUCUCGAAGUCCCCAUCGGAGGUGAUCAUGUGGACCUCAAUAUACCGACAUUCUGCCUAUGUCGACAAGAAGCUUGGUCGUUCGGCGUACAAAGUUCUGAGGACGGCAAAACUCAGAGCGCACGACGGUCAUCGAGGGACCAUGGAGCAGCUCAGGGAGCUUUUAAAGAUGCCCGAGUACAAACAGUGUAGCUUCCAGGAUUGGUUUAGACUCGUCAGCGCGGAAAAGCGGCGGAAAACGCUCGAUCAAAUCUUUGAAAAUACGUGCUGGCUGGCUUCCUUCGGUCAGGACUGCCGCGUGCUCUGUCCCGAGAUCAAUAGCACCGCGCUCCUCAAGCGACGAGGACUCGAGCUCUUCGAUUUCUGUGACCGCUUUGCCGAGAGCAUGGGCUCAUCAAAGGAAGACGACCCGUUGCAAAGACUUGGCAAUAUGCUCUGGAACGACUGGUGGUCUAGUGCACGGCGACCGGAAGAUAGCAAUGUCAAACGCGACCAGUACGAGAACUACAGCUUUAUGUACGAGUUUUAUACCUACUUGAGAUUGGAAUUUCUCGAUCAGUUUGUGUUAUGUGCUCACAAGACCGUGAUGAAGGCAUGCCUUGAGAACAUGAGUCACAGCGACUCGUUUGUGCCGCGCUUGGUCUAUCUGGCCGGUCCACGAGGGGUCCAGGAGCUCUUGGCUACAAGAAGAGAACUCAAGAGCCGCGCAGGUCAUUCGUGUGAAUACUGCGAUCGAUGCCCGGAAGACAUCGGCAACAACGUCAAGUUCCUGGUCUGUAGUGGCUGCAAACGCAAGCUCAAAUUCGAGUACUAUUACUGUUCCAAAGAGUGUCAGAAGUCGGACUGGCCACAACACAAAGUACACUGCGGAAAGGAAAAGGUAUCCAAAGGCCGCGAUGAAGGGCGACCGGAGUAUAGGCAAUCGCUCGGGCUGCUCCUCCAGUUGGGAUUCCAGAAGCAAUAUCCCGACGUCGAUUAUACACUCUUCCAGGUCGACGCGCCCCAAGGCUACAAAGUCAUGUUUCUCCACGACGAGGAAAAGCGGGAAAUGUUCAGGGAGAAGCGCGCCAUGGUUGCGAUGGAUGCAGAUCGGACCGGCCUCGACGUGCUCGCGAAGUGUCUGGUGGAUGCGCUACAGGAGGACACAGCUAACUCGGGAAUUACCAGGGACAACAUCCUCCAGCAGCUUAAUGAGGAGUACGAGGUCGAUGCGAGGACGUGUUUGGAGGCGCUGGAGGCUGAGCUUGCGAUGGAAGGCGAUGAGGACCGGUAUAGUGGGAUGGUGAUUAUCGCGCAUGACGACGAAGGGGUGACUGGUGAUAUUGGGUCGUCGUAG